AUGAAAAGCCUCCCAAGGUUUCUCAAUCCAAUAGAAAGAGAAGUGAUGGCAUUGGCAGAUACUGAUAUAUUACAAGAACAAGAACAAGAACAACUUGGUGAGGUCACUAAUUCAUGCAUUCAUGAAUCAAAAAAUAAAGACCCCAAAAAGGAAUUGGAUGUACUUUGGCGUAGAGUAAAGACAACAGCCUCAUUAUUGAACUACUUGAAAUCAAAAGCAAAAACAACAAUGACAAAUCCCCAUUUCGCCCUCACCUCCUCCCAAUCCCAUGACAUCACAAACAUAGAUUCUUCCAAUUUCAACUCCCCAUGGAUAGACAUAAAUACCCUUCAAGAAGAAGAAGAAGAAGAUGGGGUUUACAUGAAUGAAGUGGCAAAGACUGUGGAAAUGAUCACACAGGUGAUGGAGUCUCUUGUUGAAAGGGUAAUAAUGGCAGAAUCAGAAACUGAUAUUGAGAAACAGAAGGUGGCAAUAAGUCAAGAAGAGAUUAUGAAAAAGGAAAUCCAGGUUGAGAUAAUGUCUGAGAAAUUAGAUGAAAUGGAUCGAUUUGCAGUGGAUACAAACUGUGUUCUGAAUGAAAUGAGACAGUGGGUUGACAAUUUGGUUGAAGAAACAUCAAGACAAAAGCAAAGGGCAACACAAAAUGAACAAGAACUUAUUCGUGUCAAACAGGAUUUUGAAUCUUUGAAAUCUUAUGUCAAUAGUCUUAUUAGUGUAAGAGAAACACUUGUUUCUUCAGAAAAACAGUUUCAAACAAUGGAGAAGCUUUUUGAAAGGUUGAUUGCGAAGACGACACAGCUGGAGAGUGAAAAGAAGCAGAAAGAAGGGGAAGUUGAGAAAUUAAUGGAGGAGAAUUUGAGAUUGAAUGGUGUUUUGGAUCAAAAAGAAGCUCAAUUGUUGGCUAUGAAUGAACAAUGCAAGUUUAUGGCUCUAAGUGGGUCCCAUAUCUGAGUUUUUACUAAAAUUUCUAGAUCAUUAAUAUGUAAGGGAAUAUGCUGUUGUUGCUGCAUUUGUAUCAAAAACAUAAUCCAUUUUUUUUCAAUAUAAAGUCAAAAAAUAUAUUUUAUGUUCAUAUGCUGACAUUAGAUGUGACAUCUGAAGUUUUCUAAUUCGUUAUAUGAUU